CUAAGGCUGCACCCAGUGGCACAUGGAGGUUCCCAGGCUAGGGGUCCAAUCGGAGCUGUAGCUGCUGGCCUACACCGCAGCCACAGCAACUCAGGAUCUGAGCCGAGUCUUCGACCUACACCACUGCUCAUGGCAACGCCAGAUCCUUAGCCCACUGAGCAAGGCCAGGGAUUGAACCCACAACCUCAUGGUUCCUAGUCAGAUUCGUUAACCACUGAGCCACGACGGGAACUCCCUCAUCAUUCUUUUAAUAAUAAGUAAUAUUCACAAUUAGUCAUUGAUAAGUCAUGGAAAUUUUUUAAUCUUCAAAGUACAAAUUCUACAGAUAGCAUUCAGUUCACCACACUUUAGAGUGUAACAAAUUCCAAACAGAUGGAAAUAAAUGCAUUUAAAACAUCCCUAUAAAGUUCAACAGAAAAAUAUAGACGUUUAUAAUUUAAGGGUAAGAAAAUGACUUUUGAGCAAAAUAAAAGGCAGAAAGAAAAAAACUGAUUUUCCUCAAUAUAUAACAGAGUAAUACAAAAAAGCUACCUAAUAAAAAUACUCACCAAUUUAAGAUUUCAGUCCAGACAUCUCCCCUGAAAUCACAUUCAUUGUUUCCACUUGUGUGUCUAACAGACAUUUCAAACUGUCACAUUCCAAACCAAACACAGCGACAAGACUGUGACUCUGGACUGCCACAUGGGCUGCCCACAACCAACCUAUCCCUACUUGGGGUCCUGGGGUUCCUUGCCUUCAGCCUUGUCAUUAAUGUGAGGCCCCACUCAAAACCUGUUCCGAGUUAGGUCAUGCAGCUGCCUGACACUCAGCCUCAGCAACGCCAGUGGACCCACCCCACAGCACCGACCAGCAGCCCUGAUACUAAAUCCAUCCUUUGUGUUUAUUUCUUGGGAAAACCAGCACAAGCCCAGAAUGGCCCCGUGACCUUCUCCUCUGGGCACCUCACACUCUACCUCCUCCAGGUCCCAGCCCAGAGUCCAGGGCACCAGUCUGUUUGGUUCUGUUUCCAAGAGACCUCGUGGCUUCUGUGACAUCAUGAAGAAAACGUCUUCUGAAGGUGCUUUCUCCAAAGUUCCACCACCUUGGCUCACUCAUCACUCAGCAGGCAGAAGUAGCACUUCUUCCGCCUACAGGUACUAAGGUCUGGUUUGCUGGCAAUACCAGCUCUGUAACCUUUAGCGAGUCACUUAAGCUCUCUCCAUUUCCAUUUACUCCACUGUCAAAAUGAGAACGAUAAUACCUACGUUAUACCGCAAGUAUAUGGGACGGACAGAGCACAGCCGCACAGCUUUUAAAAUGAUGAGUUCGGGACUGUUGGAAUCUGAUAGCUUUUCAAAGAUGGAGGAGUCUUUCAACAAGGUGAGAAGAAAACAGUUUUUUCUUGAAGAAUAAAAGGGACAGGACCCUGGGAAUAGGGUAGAAUUUAACUGGAUGCUGCAGGGCAUUUGUUCUCUCAUGCUUCCUUCCCUCCUUCUUCCCUCAUUCAGACUCGCUUAAGCCAAGGCCAGAACUAGAGUGAGGUGAGUGAAGCACUCCUUCAGGCAUGACAUUUAAGGGGACACCAAAAACAAAACAAACAAAAACCAACCAGAAAAAAAAAAAAAAAAAAAGAACAUGGUAGUUCAAUAAAAUACUUUUAAAAAUGAAGGUUAAUGUCAAACAGAUUUUUUUGUCAUUUCUAGGGCUGUACCUGCGUCAUAUGUAGGUCGCAGGCUAGGGGUAGAAUCAGAGCUGGAGCUGCUGGCCUACACCACAGCCACAGCAACACCAGAUUCUUAACCCACUGAGCAAAGCCAGGGAUCGAACCCAAGUCCUCGUGGAUACUAGUCAGAUUUCUUUCUGCUGAGCUACAACAGGAACUUCUCAGAUUAAUGAUGAACGGAACAUCAAAAUCUGAAAGACAAGAUCUGGUUACUAUGUUAAACCAAAAAGUGAGCAAGAUUGAACUUCACACCUUAAGAACCUACAGUCCAGAAGAGGUGCAAAUUCAAAUCAUUUGAUUAACUAUGAUCACUCUGAAGUGACUAAUUUUUUUGUAACAAGUUAUGUGUGGGGAGAUAAUUUGAGACUACAAAGAUAUCCCAUUCGUUAUCAGUCUUCACCAAGAGAUUUAAAAUCAAUGAGAUUUCUGCCUAAAUCAAUUACUACUAUGAUGGUGGAAAGAUAUUUUCUAACUCGUUCCUUUUAGAGUUCUUCUAUAAGUUCUUUCCCUUCUCAUCCAUUCAUCAUUGUAUUUAUUUAUUUAUUUUUGUCUUUUCUAGGGCUACACCGGUGGCAUAUGGAGGUUCCCAGGCUAGGGGUCCAAUCGGAGCUAUAGCCGCUGGCCUACACCAGAGCCACAGCAACGCCAGAUCCCAGCCGUAUCUGCAACCAACACCAGAGCUCACAGCAAUGCCAGAUCCUUAACCCACUGAGAAGGGCCAGGGAUUGAACCCACAACCGAUACCAGUCGGAUUCGUUAACCACUGCGCCACGUCGGGAAUUCCCAUUCAUCAUUUAUUUUAGUAUGGACAUAUGAAUAUUUUAUUGAGUUAAACUCUUAAUGUAGUUAUACUGAUGCUCAGAUUGUCCUAAUUUUGCCCACAGAAGCCUCCUUCAAGCUAAAUCCUGAAGAGCACACUUCAAAGAGCUUUGACAAACAUAUGCAUUCAGGCUUUCUCUCCUAGCUGACAACUCAUGGACUAAUACCCCAGCUACCAUCAUAGACUUCUUGGCCGCUCUGGGGGCAUGUGGAGUUUCCUGGGACUGGGACUGGGACUGAAACUCCACCGCGGCCGAGACCUAUACCGCCCGAGCCGCCGCGCAGAAUUCCUUAACCCACUGCACCGGGCAGGGAUCGACCCGGCGCCUCCACGGCGACCCCAGCCACGCCGUGGGACUCAACUCGCCUCGCCACAGCGAGGGAACUCUUGUGCAAGAUGUUGUAAAAUUGGUUACGGAACCAACUCCAGGGCUUUUACCUCCCUCCAGAACAUCUGGUAAAAUGCCUGCUGCACGGUCCGGACGACUCAACACGUGAGAAGAAACUUCGCACAUAUACCGCCUCUGCAGCCACACACAGACGUCUGCCCGGCGCUGAACGGUCCCAGCCACACACUCAACCACCGAGUCAGAACACGCACCACCACGGCCGCUCACACACUCACCUGCCGUCGGAGAGACGACCACGCGCGGACAACAAGCGCAACACACAACUUCACGCAGCAGCCUGUGGACACAGCGCACCCCGUCCCAUCCCAGACGGUCUCUUUCUCUCACACACAGACACACGCACGGACCCGCCCACCAGAAACAUCGCGAGAUCUUGCCUUGCGGUUUGGUUACUGCCUUUGGGCCUGGAGACUACGUUUCCCAGAAGCAACUGCGGCGCUGUUCCAAUCGGGACGCAGCAUCGGCGGUGCUUUGUGCGUCUGCGCCAUCUUCCGGCUCCCGACUCCGCUGGUUUCUAGGAGGAAGCGCCCCGAGGCUAGAGUGGGCGCGGCAGCGGGGGCAUCUGGAUCCAAAGAGGCGGCAGCUCUGCCAUCUCCGGACUCUGCCCUUCCCCAGGAGAGAAACCGGGAGCAGGACUCAUCAGCCCAUGAAAUUCUGAAAGUCAUGUCCCUCGGGUCAGCCUUGUUCCGGGACGUGGCCGUAGUCUUCACCCGAGAAGAAUGGGAGCAGCUGGCGCCUGCGCAGAGGGAUCUGUACAGAGAUGUGAUGUUGGAAACGUAUGGCAACCUGGUCUCACUGGGCCUCGCCGUUUCCAAACCUGAGGUGAUCGCCUUCCUGGAGCAAGGCAGAGAGCCCUGGAUGGUGGAGGAAGUGGUGACGGGAAGCCUGUGCCCAGUAUUGGAAUCCAGGUAUGAUACUAAGGUAUUAUCUCCAAAGCAGCACAGUUAUGAAGUACAGUCACCACGGUGGGAGAUAAUGGAAAGUCUUACAAGUUAUGGUCUUGAGUGCUCAAGUUUCCAAGGUAACUGGGAAUGUCGAAGUCAACUUGACAGGCAAGAGGGAAAUCCAGAUGGACAUUUAAGUCAAAUGAUAAUCAAUAAUGAGGAAAUGUCCACUUUCAACCAGCAAGCAUCCCUCACUUUUUAUCAGAAAAUUCAUCCCAGAGAAAAGCCCUAUGGAUAUAAUGAAUGUAGAAAAGACUUCUGGCAAGAGGACUUCCUUAUUAAUCAUCAAGGGAUUCAUAUUAAUGAGAAACCCUAUAAAUGUAAAGAAUGUGGGAAGGCCUUCAAAUAUGGCUCACGACUAAUUCAACAUGAAAAUAUUCAUUCUGGCAAGAAACCAUAUGAAUGUAAAGAAUGUGGAAAGGCCUUCAAUUCUGGUUCAAAUUUCAUACAACAUCAGCGAGUUCAUACUGGUGAGAAACCUUAUGAAUGUAAGGACUGUGCAAAGGCCUUUAGUCGAAGCUCACAGCUGAUUGAACAUCAACGAAUUCACACUGGUGAGAAACCCUAUCAGUGUAAGGAAUGUGGCAAGGCCUUUAAUAGGAUCUCACAUCUUAAAGUACAUUAUAGAAUUCAUACUGGUGAAAAACCCUAUGCAUGCAAGGACUGUGGGAAAACCUUUAGUCAUCGUUCUCAGUUGAUUCAACAUCAGACCAUUCACACUGGCAAGAAACUCUACGAAUGUAAAGAAUGUGGAAAGGCCUUUAAUCAAGGUUCAACUCUUAUUCGACAUCAGAGAAUUCAUACCGGUGAGAAGCCCUAUGAAUGUAAGGCAUGUGGGAAGGCCUUUAGGGUCAGCUCACAACUUAAGCAACAUCAGAGGAUUCACACUGGAGAGAAACCCUACCAAUGUAAAGUAUGUGGUAGGGCUUUCAAACGGGUCUCACAUCUUACUGUACAUUAUAGAAUUCAUACAGGUGAGAAACCAUAUGAAUGUAAGGAAUGUGGGAAAGCCUUCAGUCAUUGCUCACAACUGAUUCAACAUCAGGUAAUUCAUGCUGAGGAAAAACCCUAUGAAUAUAAGGAAUGUGGGAGGACUUUAAAUCACGAUUCACCUACUAUUCAACAUCAGAGAAUGCGUAAUAGAGAAACACAAGUGAACUUAAUAAAUGUAGAAAAGCCUUCCAUCAACACUUAUCCCCUAUUAGUCAUCAGAGAAUUUAUGUUAGCAAGCAACCAUAUGAAUGGAAAUAAUAGAAAGAGUCCAUUAGCUUAGGCUAAUCACAACUUACUCUUUAUAUCUUGGGGAAAGACUUAAAUAAUGUAAUGCAAGUGAGAAUUCCUUUGUUCAGAGCUAUCCUUUAUCCUAAUAAAAUUCAUACUGAAGAAAAA